UCUUCCCACCUCAGAGCCAUGGGGAGCCAGGGCCCUGGCGGACUGCCCUUGGUGCAGGCUCCCUACACGGUCCUGCUGCUGCCGCUGGGGACAGGCCGCCAAGACCCAGGGGCCCAGAGCUUCUUCCUUUGGGUCCUCAGUGGCCAGUCUGGGCUCACACUCAGUGACCACACAGUGAACCCAUAUUGGGGGGAGAGGACGGGCCAUGAGCCAGAGCCCUGCUGUAGCAUAAGAGUCGGCCUCUGUGUUUGCCUUUCCAAGCUGCGGAGGAUGCAGGCUCUGGAGAGAGAACAGGAUGCCCUGUGGCAGGGGCUGGAGCUGCUAGAGCAUGGCCAGACCUGGUUUAAAGACCGUCUGAGGGAGGCACAUCAACAGCAGCUGCAUCUGGGGGCCCUCGGUGAGAAUUUUCUAACAGAUUUACACCCAGAGCCUGGUGGCCCCCAGUUAGCCCAGAUUCAAAAGGUGAACAUCUGUUUGCAGAAUCUGAUUCAGGAGAAGUUCUCCCCAAGUACACUGAACAAGGCUAGUUCCUGCACCACCCAGGAUUCAAAGGAAAGACCAAGGAAGCCGAACUUGUGGCAGCAACAGGAGUUGUCAAGGCAGCAGAAAGGAUUCACCCAGCCAAAGGAGGAGAUGGCUCAGUGGGGCUGCCCUAAGGGGCCAAGAGGCCCUACCCGUGUCUAAACCUUCCUCUCACUCCCCUAAGUCUGGUGAAAGAGUCAGAAGCCCCAGGAUCCUUAUUCUGCUUCUUAACAGCUAAAAAAAUGGCUCCAGGUAGUAAGUCAAUAAAGUUCAGACAUCUGUGUAACAUGUCUCCUCUACUCCUAAAAACUUUCUUUCAUCUUCUUGGUGUCACAUGUCCUCAUUCUCCCCUAUAUGAAAUGCAAAAAUGGUCUUUCUUUGAAAUCCCUCUGGGAAGAAGAUAUGUUUAUUGAAACUGUCCUUCAGCCUUAAAUACAAAAAUAAAACCGAAGCUGCUCCAGAAAGCAACUUUCUCCAAAAA